AUGGAGACUGCAGCAGCUGAUAUCCUGUACUUGGGCCGGUUGUACAUUACUGGAAGCAAGAUGCUUGUUCCGAGCGCACCGCGAUGGCCUGACAUGGAGUAUGUGUUUCAUGGGCAAGACAGGCUAUUCAUUGGGGAGAUGCCCAAGACCCUGGUCGACGCUCUCAAGAAGUUCGACUUUGGACGUGGUUAUUCGGUUCAAAACCUGGCGCGCAACCGACAACCCAUCUCUACUGAGACUGGUGCCAAGUCAUGGGUUGGCGAUAGGCAGCUAGUCAAGCUCUUGGAUUAUUGUAAUCCUACCAUGAUGUUGAUGAAUUCCGGGCCUGUCAGCUUUAUGAAGCUGUAUGAGAACUGGAGCGAAGACGAUAAGAAAGUGUCUCGUCUGGGUAGAGCUGUUUGGGCUACAGUUCGGGCAGUUGCAAGUUCGAAAGAUGAGCAGGUUGAACCGCAUAGUGAGAAUGAGCUGGAAGACGCCGAAGACAAUAGAAGCGAAGAUACCAUUUCCGAUGCCGGAACAGAUGACUCGUUCAUUGCUCGCAAAGUUUCUAUUGACAUAAGUGCACUUGCGCGUGGCAAUCGCGGUGGCGCUGGGAAUAUCAUCUUUAUGGGCAAUCAGGUAUCAAAGCCAAUAGCCAUUGGUAGAUCGCAGUUGUCUCAAAUUCGCCAGGCUCCAGACGGGAGCUUUAUGUUGGGCAACGAUAGAUCUCGAGGAGCUAUGCGUGUCAAAAUGCUGCCUCCACGCGUAACAAAACAAUUCCGCACAAUAGCCCCGACUGACACUGUGCCCGAACCGGAGUGUACGGUCUGA